AUGACCCGUAUGCCAAAUAUGAUGGGCCAUGAUGAUCAAAAAAGCGCAGCUAUAGAACUGCAGGAGUUCUCGACCCUGAUACAGUUUGGAUGCCACGUUCACCUCAAGUUUUUCCUCUGCUCUCUGUACGCUCCCAUGUGUACCGAGCAGGUGUCCAACCCCAUUCCGGCGUGCAGGGUUAUGUGUGAGCAGGUCAAACUGAAGUGCUCACCCAUCAUGGAGCAAUUUAAUUUCCCCUGGCCCAAGUCCCUGGACUGCUCACGCCUUCCCACCAAAAACGACCCGAACAACCUGUGCAUGGAGGCCCCCAACAACGGCUCAGACGAGCCUCCUAAAGUCUCCCACACCCAGUCUCCGGAUUUCCGGCCGCAGCGUCCUCUGAGUGGACAGGACUUGCACCUGAAGGACACUGGCAGCAAGCAGAUGUGCAGCAACCCCGGCAAGUUCCACUUUGUGGAGAAGAGCGAGUCCUGUGCCCCGAAAUGCUACUCUAAAGUGGAUGUAUACUGGAGCCAGGGUGACAAGCAGUUCUCCCUGGUGUGGAUGGCCAUCUGGUCCAUCUUGUGUUUUGUCUCCAGUGCCUUCACCGUGCUCACUUUCCUCAUCGAUCCUCAGCGAUUCAAAUACCCUGAGAGGCCAAUCAUCUUCCUCUCCAUGUCUUAUUGUGUUUACUCUGUAGGCUACCUCGUUCGACUUUUUGUGGGAGCUGACAGAAUAGCAUGUGACAAAGACAAUGGGGUCCAGUAUAUCAUCCAGGAGGGUCUGGAGAGCACAGGCUGCACUAUUGUGUUCCUCAUCCUGUAUUAUUUUGGCAUGGCCAGUUCCCUCUGGUGGGUUAUCUUGACCCUGACGUGGUUUCUAGCUGCUGGGAAGAAGUGGGGUCAUGAGGCUAUCGAGGCGAACAGCAGCUACUUUCACCUGGCUGCCUGGGCCAUCCCAGCGGUCAAGACCAUCAUGAUCCUGGUGAUGAGAAAGGUGGCCGGGGAUGAGCUAACGGGAGUCUGCUACGUGGGCAGCAUGGAUGUCAAAGCUCUUACGGGCUUCGUUCUCAUUCCCCUCUCGUGCUACCUCAUUAUUGGCACUUCGUUCCUAUUGUCUGGCUUCGUGGCUCUCUUCCACAUUCGGAAGAUUAUGAAAACAGAAGGGGAGAACACAGACAAACUCGAGAAACUGAUGGUUCGCAUCGGGGUCUUCUCCGUGCUGUACACUGUCCCAGCCACCUGCGUCAUCGCCUGCUACUUCUACGAGAGGCUCAACAUGGACUACUGGCGCAUCCUGGCCGGGGAGCAGAGGUGUGUGGACAGCAGCGGGCCGGAGUCGGACGAGUGUGUUAUGAAGGCGUCGAUCCCCGCCGUUGAAAUCUUCAUGGUGAAGAUCUUCAUGCUGCUGGUGGUGGGCAUCACCAGUGGAAUGUGGAUCUGGACCUCUAAAACUCUGCAGUCAUGGCAGAAUGUGUUCAGCAGGAAGCUGAAGAAGAGGACGAGGAGGAAGGCUGCUAGUGUGUUCACCAGCAGCAGACCGUACAUCAAGCCUCACCCUUCUCUCAAAGGGCAAAAUACUAAGUAUGAGCCAACACGACCCCCUCCUACAUGUGUGUGA